GAAGGAGGAGAACAAGUUCGAUGGGGCGCGUCUUCGAGGAGUUCGUGGAGAGUACGCGCGUCUUCCGCUGCGCCAAGUGCAACGCGCACCUGGCGCGCAACGAGGACAUCAUCUCCAAGAACUUCCAAGGCACCAGCGGCAAGGCCUACCUCUUCGACACGGCUGUCAACGUGUGCACGGGGCCGCCCGAAGAGCGCAUGCUCAUGACGGGGCUGCACGUGGUGAUGGACCUCUACUGCAACACGUGCUGGAGCCCCGUGGGCUGGAAAUACAAAGAAGCACACGAGGCGUCGGAGAAGUACAAGGAAGGCAAAUUCAUUCUCGAGUUAGCCAAGACGGACCAGCUGCCCUGAACAGUGUGGAGCUUACGGCAGUCGCUCUGCGCGGGACAGCGGGCAGUAGCUACAGCAACAGCAGCAUGGACGACACACAAGCAGCAAGUACAGUGCACUCCACCCACCCUCUCUCGCUUCCUUUCCUCUCUCAUUUUGACUUGCAGCCAGUCUAGUGACCGUUGAUACAUGUUACCAAGUAUUGUUUGUUCACCCAC